AUGCUUGGCCUGUUGUUCUGUGCCCGGUUCCUUCGCUUCGUUGUUUCGUCUAGAACUGCUCGAUAUAUCUUCGACGAUUAUGCGAAGGAAUUGACUGUACAACAUAUUCGUGAGAAGCACAGCAUAGUGUGCAGUGAUCAGAAGAAGUUCAGACGCGCAGUGCUGGCCUACGUUACACCGUGGAAUAGCGGUGGAUAUGAUAUUGCCAAAUGGGCGGCGGCAAAGUUCACUUACAUAUCACCCGUUUGGUUCCAGUUCAAACCCGAGAUAAAACAGCAAAGAAAAAUGUGCACUAUAUUUGGUGCGCAUGAUCUGGACAAAGGAUGGUUAGCUGAUAUCAAGUUAAAUAAUUCGGAAAUUCGCUUUGUGCCUCGUUUUAUUGUUGACGUAUCGGACAGGGACAGUCUUGAUCAGUUCAUCUACGAUAUACAAUGGCAAAAAAAUUGUGGCCAAAGAUUUAUCAAGUUCAUAAAGGUGGUGUUUCUUUGUGAAUAG